AUGACAUCCCGAGAACCGAGGACGAGCCUCAAGAAUGCCUACUCAUCUGCCAAGAGCCUGCUGCCUAAUGCGGAGGAGGUGGGGGCCGAAGACUACUGUACCCCCGGAGCCUUCGAGCUGGAGCGCCUCUUCUGGAAGGGCAGUCCCCAGUACACCCACGUCAACGAGGUCUGGCCCAAGCUCUACAUCGGGGAUGAGGCCACGGCGCUGGACCGCUAUGGGCUGCAGAAGGCGGGCUUCACGCACGUGCUGAACGCGGCCCACGGCCGCCGGAACGUGGACACGGGGCCCGACUACUACCGCGGCAUGGACAUUGAGUACCACGGAGUCGAGGCCGACGACGUGCCCACCUUCGACCUCAGCGUCUUCUUCUACUCGGCGGCCGCCUUCAUCGAUGGUGCGCUCCACGCUGAUCACAAUAAGAUCCUGGUUCACUGCGUCAUGGGCCGCAGCCGCUCGGCGACCCUGGUCCUGGCCUACCUGAUGAUCCACAGGAACAUGACCCUGGUGGACGCCAUUCAGCAAGUGGCCAAGAACCGCUGUGUCCUCCCCAACUGGGGCUUCCUGAAGCAGCUCCGGGAACUGGACAAGGAGCUGGUGCAGCAGAGGCGACAGGCCCAGCACAGCGACGACAGCGAGAAGGCCAGUGAGAAGGAGCUGUAG